GGCGGUGUGUGUCUGCGUGUGUGUGUUCUGUAGAGGUUCAGUGACUCUCUGUAGCUCGAGCGACACCGAAACAUCAGCUGCAAAGAUGGUUGACAAAUUUGUGGGAACAUGGAAGAUGAUCAGCAGCGAUAACUUUGACGAGUACAUGAAGGCUCUGGGUGUGGGUUUCGCCACCCGUCAGGUGGGAAACAGGACCAAGCCCAACCUUUUAGUGAGCGUGGACGACCAGGGGCUUAUCUCCAUGAAGUCCCAAAGCGCUUUCAAGACCACCGAGAUCAAAUUCAAACUCAACGAGUCGUUUGAGGAGACCACGGCGGACGACCGAAAGACGACGACCGUUGUGACUUUGGAGAAUGGAAAACUGGUGCAGAAACAGACCUGGGACGGCAAGGAGACAACACUAGAGAGAGAAGUGACUGAUGGAAAAUUAGUAGCGAAAUGCAAGAUGGGCGAUGUGGUGGCAGUGAGGACGUAUGUGAAAGAGUAAUGGAGUUACCCUUCCUGAAGCGAUUUGAACAACGCCUGGCUCAGUUCAAUGAGCAAUAGAGGCGAAAAAGAGUCCUUCAUAUCUUUGUUGUUUUUUCUUUCUUGUUUUAAUUUCCUCCUCAUACCAAAGCCAAAGCAUGCAGUGUAUUUUAAGAUGCAUUGAAAAUAAUUGAUGUGGUUCUUUGAAUAAAGUUUCAAUUUUAUUUGCCUUCAAA